AUGGCAGUAGGUAUGCUCGAUCUAUCAAGGCAAGGCCGCCACCGUGGUUCACAAGAGGGUCGUGGCUCGAACUUGGAUAGACAUAGGCAUUCUCGGGGUAAGAAUCUUUUGGAAGAUUACUUUAUCCCAAAUUAUGUGUACUAUAAUGUUGAUUUCCGAGGGCGAUAUAAAAUGCAACCCCAUUUGUUCAAUAAAGUCAUCCAUGAUGUUUACAAUUACGAUGCAUACUUCAUUCGGAAGUGUGAUGUUGCUAGGGUUUUUAGGCUUCUUCAGGAGCAAAAGCUUACAAUUGUCAUACUAAUGCUGGCGUAUGGUGCAUCUGCUGAUCAGGUGGAUGAGAUUGCUAGGAUGGGGAAGUGCAAUACUUUAGAGAGCUUGGUCAGAUUCUGUGAUGCAAUCGAAACUCUCUACACCAGAGACUAUCUCCGCAAACCUACGCCUAGGGACCUCCAAAGGCUUUUACAAAAAGCCGAAGCUCGAGGUUUUCCAGACAUGAUUGGAAGCAUCGAUUGUAUGCACUGGCAAUAG